AUGAGCGAUAGGUGGGAGGCUGAAGGUGCAUUGACCAUUUUGGUUUCACCGCUUAUUGGAGUAUUAUCGAUGGUCAUCGGUUGCUCGAUCUUAGAUGAUUCCGGAUACGAAGACUAUCAACCGUUAUAUCUAGCAGCUCGAAUAGGUGCAUUAGGAGGACCGAUAGCUGCAUUUUUCUGUUUACUCGUCUCAAGUAUCUUCACCAUGGAUGAUAUUGGUGGUAUACCAGAGAUGGAUCCUGAAAUUGUUAGAUGUCAAGUUAGAAUGGAUCAAACUCGAAUGGCUUGGGGUUUGAUUACUCCUUAUUUGAUCGGUCUGGUUGGAGGUCCACUUGGAUCUGCUAUUCUACAAGCUGCUCAAUUGGCAAAAUCAAUCGAACCUCUCUCGGCUGUACGUGCUGCUGCUGUGGGAGGCAUCUUUGCAACACCGAUCUAUUAUGUCUUUGGAUAUAUUUUGGCAUGUAUCUUUAGUCCAUAUCUAAGAGAGCCACCUUUAUUAGUCGAUGAACCUGUGGGGAUCCCAUGA